AUACAAGGAAAAAAGUUUACACAUUGUAAACCUUGUGGCAAAUCACUCAGUUUUAAUUCACGAUCUGAAUGUCAUGACUGUGGAAAAGUCUUUAGACAAAAUUUAGUCCUAAGAAAACAUCAGCAACUUCACACAGGGGAGAAACCUCAUGAAUGUAGUGACUGUAGAAAAGCCUUUACACAAAAGUCAUACUUCAUAAACCAUCAGCGAAUUCACACAGGAGAGAAACUUUAUAAAUGCCUUCAUUGUGGAAAGGGCUUUCUGUGGAAGUCAGACCUCAUAGUACACCAACAAAUUCACACAGGGGAGAAACCUCAUAAAUGUAAUGACUGUGGAAAAGCCUUUAGACACAAGUCAAGCCUCAGCAGACAUCAGCAAAUUCACACAGGGGAAAAACCUCAGAAAUGUAAUGACUGUGGAAAAGCCUUUGGACGAAAGUCAGCCCUCCUAAUACACCAGCGAAUUCACACAGGGGAGAAACUUCAUAAAUGUAAUGACUGUGGAAAAGCCUUUGGAAGAAAGUCGUACCUCAUCAUACACCAGCGAAUUCACACAGGGGAGAGACCUCAUAAAUGUAAUGACUGUGGAAAAGCCUUUGGACGAAAGUCAGCCCUCCUCAUGCACCAGCAAAUUCACACAGGGGAGAAACCUCAUAAAUGUAAUGACUGUGGAAAAGCCUUUGGACACAAGUCAAACCUCAGGAAACAUCAGCUAAUUCACACAGGGGAGAAACCUCAUAAAUGUAAUGACUGUGGAAAAGCCUUUGGAAGAAAGUCAAACCUCAUCAUGCACCAGCAAAUUCACACAGGGGAGAAACCUCAUAAAUGUAAUGACUGUGGAAAAGCCUUUGGAAUAAAGUCACACCUCAUCAUACACCAACAAAUUCACACAGGGGAGAAACCUCAUAAAUGUAAUGACUGUGGAAAAGCCUUUAGACACAAGUCAGGCCUCAGCAAACAUCAGCAAAUUCACACAGGGGAAAAACCUCAUAAAUGUAAUGACUGUGGAAAAGCCUUUGGAAGAAAGUCGUACCUCAUCAUACACCAGCGAAUUCACACAGGGGAGAAACCUCAUAAAUGUAAUGACUGUGGAAAAGCCUUUAGACACAAGUCAGCCCUCCUCAUGCACCAGCAAAUUCACACAGGGGAAAAACCUCAUAAAUGUAAUGACUGUGGAAAAGCCUUUGGAAGAAAGUCAAACCUCAUCAUGCACCAGCAAAUUCACACAGGGGAGAAACCUCAUAAAUGUAAUGACUGUGGAAAAGCCUUUGGAAACAAGCCAGGCCUCAGCAGACAUCAGCGAAUUCACACAGGGGAAAAACCUCAGAAAUGUAAUGACUGUGGAAAAGCCUUUAGACACAAGUCAGCCCUCCUCAUACACCAGCGAAUUCACACAGGGGAGAAACCUCAUAAAUGUAAUGACUGUGGAAAAGCCUUUGGAAGAAAGUCAAACCUCAUCAUACACCAACAAAUUCACACAGGGGAGAAAUCUCAUAAAUGUAAUGACUGUGGAAAAGCCUUUAGACACAAGUCAGCCCUCCUCAUGCACCAGCAAAUUCACACAGGGGAAAAACCUCAUAAAUGUAAUGACUGUGGAAAAGCCUUUGGAAGAAAGUCGUACCUCAUCAUGCACCAGCAAAUUCACACAGGGGAGAAACCUCAUAAAUGUAAUGACUGUGGAAAAGCCUUUGGAAACAAGCCAGGCCUCAGCAGACAUCAGCGAAUUCACACAGGGGAAAAACCUCAGAAAUGUAAUGACUGUGGAAAAGCCUUUGGACAAAAGGAAAACCUACUCAUACAUUGGCAAAUUCACACAGGGGAGAAACCUCAUAAAUGUAAUGACUGUGGAAAAGCCUUUGGACAAAAGUCAGCCCUCAUCAUACACCAGCGAAUUCACACAGGGGAGAAACCUCAUAAAUGUAAUGACUGUGGAAAAGCCUUUGGAUACAAGUCAAACCUCACCAUACAUCAGCAAAUUUACACAGGGGAGAAACCUCAUAAAUGUAAUGACUGUGGAAAAGCCUUUGGACAAAAGGCAAGCCUACUCAUACAUCGGCAAAUUCACACAGGAGAGAAACCUCAUUAAUGUAAUGACUGUAGAAAAGCCUUUGGAAGAAAGUUACACCUCAUCAUACACCAGCGAAUUCACACAGGGGAGAAACCUCAUAAAUGUAAUGACUGUGGAAAAGCCUUUGGAAACAAGCCAGGCCUCGGGAGACAUCAGCGAAUUCACACAGGGCAGAAACCUAAUAAAUGUAAUGACUGUGGAAAAGCCUUUGGACAAAUUACUAACCUCAUAUCACAGCAGAGAAUUCACACAGGGUAGAGAACUCAUGAUUGUGAUAACUGUGGAAAGCAUUUAGCCAUAAGUCAACCUUCUUCAUGAAUCAGAAUUCACACAGGGCAGAAACCUUAUGAAUGUAAUGACUGGAAAAGCCUUUGGACAAAAGUCAAACCUCAUAAUGCACCAGAGAAUGAACACAGUAUUGAAACCUCAUGAGUGUAAUGACUAUGGAAAAACUUAAGUUCCAACUCCAAAUGCAUCAGAGGAUUCACACAGGAAAAUAAUCUUAUAAAUGUAAUGACUGUGGAAAGGCCUUUUUCUAUAAGUUAUACUCACAUCAAAACAAUUCACACAGGGCAGAAGCCUUAUGAAUCUAAUGGGUGUGGAAAAGCCUUUUUAAAUCAUAUGUUAUAAAUCAUAGCUCAUAUCACACCAGAGAAUUCACACUGGGGAGAAACUUCAUGAAUGCAAUGACUGUGGAAGAGCCCUUGGCAAUAAGUCACAUCUCAGAAUGCAUCAGAAAAUUCACAUGAAGAGAAACCUUUUGGACAUAAUGACUUGGAAAGCUUUUUCUCAUAAUUCAGCCCUCAUUGCACAUCAUCUAAUUCAUAUGGGGGAAAACACUUUGGAUAUAAUGCAUAUGGAAAAGCCUUUAUCCAUAAGUAGCACCUCAUAAAACAUCAGAAUUCACAUGGGGGAGAAAGCUUAUGAAUGGAAUUUAAUGAAUGUGAAAAAAUUUUUCUGCCAUCAAUCAAUUCACAUGAAGAGACUCCGAAAUGAGAAAACAUACAUGCAUAGAAAAGUCAUGUACCAUACAUCACCUCUCAAUGGUUACCUGACAACUCACAGAAAGAAAAAAAUCCUAUGACUGUAUUGUAAUGUGAAAUACCAGCAUUAUUAGGCAAACUUCCACAAAACAAAGCAAGAUUACAGAGAGAAGUCCCUGAAAUAUAAUUUGUUUGGAAGAAUUCUUUGGUAGAAUCACACCUUAGUGAGUAUUGGGCAGUUUUCAUGAUGAGUUGUGACAGAGAGUGGUUAACCAUUCUUCAGAAAUUUUUCUCUUAUUCAACCUGAACUUUUGGUUUCUCACUAUUGUGAGUGGGAUCAAGUAUAUGAACUGAACUGUGCUCUCUUGUGUAAAUUUUGUUAAUAAAUAUUUAAAAGUUGA